CACACAAAGGGGAGGUAUGACACACUCUCGGGUGCAGAUCUCACACACUCUGAAAGGUGCAUUUUACAUAACGCUGUGUGUCUUUGCAUGUCAGGUCAGGAGCUCCGAUAGUGUGUGAGCACAGUGCUAGCGUGGGGAGAAGAUCGGUCACGUCUGCGGCGGAAGACGAAAACACGUGACCGCAGCGUCUCACGUAGCAGGUUCCACAGAACGCAAGUGACCUGAAGAUCACCAUGGAGACCUGCUCACCGCUACCUGGGGGUUCCUGGGGGUUGCUUGGAGGGAGCACAGCCGCCACAUGUUUACUCCAGGAGAGGGGAUGACUUCGCGCUGACAGGCAUGCGGAGUACAAGUUCACGGUUCAUUUGUAGAGAGCACAUACGGACCUGGACGCCGGCAAGAGCGGUGAGGGACUUCAUUACCCACAAGCCUUAGCGCUCCAGCAGAGACUGAUUUGUCGAACGCAGGGAGUGUUUCCCAUUUAAACAAACAGGGUGCUGAAGAUGGCGGAGAGUUAACGGCAGGGAGAGAAGAAGAGCGACGCUGGAACUGCGUCUUUUGUGCCGUGUCUCUUCCUGCUGGCGCCGAGAGUCCGUCCUGCAGACUAGCCCGUAGCUCGCGGAGUUCGCGAGGCGAGGGAAUAGCGGUUUGCUGGCACAAACAGGGACUUCAGAGUGCAGACACUCAACAGGUGGAAUUAAAGGGGAACAUCAGGAGUGUGUCGGUGACUUCCUUUUUGUGGAUUCAGCAUCGAGUGGGACAUUCACGAGAGGGCAAACGUGGAGGUGCUACAGGUGCGUCUUGCUCACAGCAAGGUGCUGAUAUGCGCUCAGAAUGAGCGGAAUGGGGGAGAACUCCUUGGAGCAGCUAUGCUCCGACCGGAAACGCAAGCUUUCGACCUGUGACACGCCAAGCCUGGGCUGUGACAAGAGGAGACGGGAGCAAGAGAGCAAGUACAUCGAGGAGCUGGCCGAGCUAAUCUCGGCUAACCUCAGCGACAUAGACAGCUUCAAUGUCAAGCCGGACAAGUGCGCCAUCCUCAGGGAGACGGUGCGACAGAUUCGCCAGAUCAAAGAGCAAGGGAAAACCUGCUCCAGUGAGGAGGAUGUUCAGAAAGCAGAUGUUUCAUCCACAGGGCAGGGGGUCAUUGACAAGGAUCACCUGGGACCACUCUUGCUGCAGGCUCUUGAUGGCUUCCUGUUUGUGGUGAACCGCGACGGCACCGUCGUGUUUGUGUCAGACAAUGUGACCCAGUACCUGCAGUUUAAGCAAGAAGAGCUGAUUGGUACCAGUGUCUACAACAUCCUGCACCAGGAGGAUCGUGAGGAGUUCCACAGGAACCUGCCAAAAUCUAACGCAGUGAACGGCAUGUCCUGGCGGGGGGAGACUCCUCGCCAGAAGAGCCACACUUUCAACUGUCGCAUGCUGGUGAAGUAUGGCCAGGGCCCCCCUGAACAGGGUCCCCCUGAUGCCUCCCGGUAUGAGACCAUGCAGUGUUUUGCUCUGAUUCAGCCGCGGGCUAUGAUGGAAGAAGGCGAAGACCUCCAGUCCUGCAUGAUCUGUGUGGCACGUCGCAUUGCGGCCAUGGAGCAAGCAGACAGAUUUGACACCCGGCAUGAGCUUUCAGGCAAACUGAUACACAUUGACCCUGGGUCCCUGCGGUCCUCUAUGCGGCCUGGCUGGGAGGACAUUCUGCGCCGAUGCCUGCAGAUGUUUCUGUACAGUGAUGGUCAGCCCUGGUCCAGCAAACGCCACUACCAUGAAGUGUUCAGGCAAGGCCAUGCUGAGACCCCGAUGUACCGAUUUUCACUGUCAGAUGGCACUGUGGUUGCUGCGCAGACCAAGAGUACCCUGUGCCGAAACCAGAUGACAAAUGAGCCGCAGGGCUUCAUAUCCACACACCUGUUGCACAGGGAGGCAAAUGGAUAUCGUCCUCAGAGCAUGGGGAAUGGCAACUCUGAUGUCCAGGUGAACCUGCCCCCUGGAGGGGACACGGGUAUGGCAAUGAGCCGAGCCUAUGGCAUGAGUGAGCCAGGCCAUGGAGGCCCUAUGAGUGGGGGCAUGUAUGGGAGUGGCAGCAACAGGAUGGUACCCAUGAACCAGAUGAGUCAUAUGAACCCUAUGAACCAGCUAAAUAUGAUGAACCCCAUGAAUCAGAUGAAUUCUAUGAACCCUAUGAAUCAGAUGAACUCAAUGAGUCAAAUGAACUCGGUGAAUCAGAUGAAUCCGCUGAAUCAGAUGAAUCAAAUGAACUCGAUGAGCCAAAUGAAUCUGAUAAAUCAAAUGAACUCGAGCCAGAUGAGCCAAAUGAACCCAAUGAAUCAGAUGAAUCCUGUGAAUCAAAUGAACUCUAUGAACCCAAUGAAUCAGAUGAACCAGCCAGUCAUACCGCAGCAGCCUCAGCAAGCCCCAUUCCAGGGCACAGGGUAUAACCUGGGCAUGAACAGCCCCUCCCAUGGCAGUCCAGGAAUGAAUGCACCCCAACCAAAUCUCAUGAUGUCCCCCAGGAUGCGAGGAAGCCCCAAAACAGGAGCAAACCAGUUUUCCCCUGGAGGUCUGCAUUCUCCUCUGGGACCAGGCAGCACUGGUGGGUCUGGCAGCUUCUCCAGCAGUUCCCUCAAUGCCCUGCAAGCUAUCAGUGAGGGUGUAGGCAGUUCCACCCUGACCCCACCUGCCCACAGGUCUGACAGCUCUCCUAGUGCCAAUGCUUCUCCAUCCCAAGGCCAUGCCUCCAAGAGCCCUGAUCCCCGGCCGAGUGCCCCAGUGCAGGAAGGAGGCAUGGAAAGGCCAGAUGGCCAGGUUACCCAGCACAAGGAAGCUGGUGAAGGGGGUGGCAUGUCCAGUUCUGAGCCCCCGUCCAGGCGCCUGCCGGAUGGCAAGGGCCAACGGAAAUUGCUGCAACUCCUUACCUCCCCCACUGAAGAACUUUCUGUACCGGGCGGCUGUGUUGCUAGCCCUUCUUCGACUACAGUCUCCUCAUCUUCAUCUUCCGGGGCAGGACCGACAGUCCAAGGUGGGGUAUCCUCUUCCUCUUCUACCGGAUCAGCAGCCUCCGCCCACUUUUCACACCCCUUGCAGGAGAAGCACAAGAUCCUGCAUAAGCUUUUACAGAAUGGUAACACCCCUGAUGAUGUGGCUCGGAUCACUGCUGAGGCCACAGGGAAGUCUGUGGGCGGUGGCCAAGACCCUGGAGGGGUGGACCCUGCAGGUGGGGGUGGGACUGGGAAUGGGACCACAAAACAGGAACAGCAUAGUCCCAAGAAAGAGAAGAGAAAUGCCCUGCUGCACUACCUCCUCAAUAAAAAUGAUUCAAAAGAGCCCUCAGACAUGAAGUCCAAGAUGGAGGAGCUGGAGACCAAGGCGUGCAGCACCUCGCAUGGGGCACCCUCCACCCCCCAGGGCCAUGAAGGCCGCAUAAAGACAGAACCUGCGGAUGAGCUGGAGUCCAUCCUUGGGGAGCUCAGGAGCUCAGAACCUAGCUUCUACCCAGAUGGGACAACAGCAGAUGGAGGUGAUGGGAGCAGCAAGCCAGGCAGCUGCCCAGAAAGCAGCCAUGUUUCAGACACCAGGAGUCCCGGUAUAACUCCCCGUGCUCCCUUCCAGAGGGCCUUGUCUGUGGACUCCAAGCCCCCUCUGGCCAUAGGUCCCGGAGGUCGUCGCAGUGCCCCCUGUCCUGGCCCAGUGAAGCAAGAAAGUGCAGAUGGCACAGCUCCGAUAGGUGGGCCCGACGGUUUUCCUGGCAAUACGGGAAUGAUGAACAUGGGGAUGGGAGGCCCCCAUCGGUCACCAGUGGGGGGCUCUAUUGACUGGGGAAUGCCACGAUCUAGUGGCAGUCCAGUGGGCUCGGCAAGCCACCCUCCAGUGCCCCGCCCUGGAAUGGAUUACAACUCCAGGGGCAUGAUGGGAGGAGGUCCACUAGUCAGCCGGUCCAAUAGCAUUCCUGGAAGCCGGUCUAUGCUGCAGCAGCAGCUGAUGGAUAUGGGUCCAGGUGAUGGAAACAUGGGUUUGAGUCCAUUUGGACCACAGGGUGCUCCCAGUUCCUCCCUUUCUUGGCCAGAUGGAGCAAUGGGAAUGGAACAUGGAGGCCCUGGCAAUCGUGGCAGGAGGCCGUAUGGGAGCCCCCUUGACGAGCUCCUGGCACCCCCUACCAGCAGUGAGGGGCAGAGUGAUGAGCGUGCACUGUUAGACCAGUUGGACAGCCUUCUGAACAACACAGAUGUGAUGGCGCUGGAGGAAAUUGACCGGGCGCUAGGCAUUCCCGAUCUUGUCAGCCAGGGUCAAGGGACAGAACAACCAGUGGACCCAUUUUCUGGACAGGACCCAUCUAUCUCAAUGGACCAGAAGUCCACGUAUGGCCAAGCCUUCCCAGGGGCACCAGGCAUGACUAUGCAGCAAGCCUAUGGAGGUGGUCCUGGACCAGGCCAGCCUCAGAGUUUUGGCCCAGGAGUUGCUCCCAUGGGCCAGGGUGGGUUCCCAGGGCCAGGUGUACACCCCCGCGUUGGUAUGGUGCGACCACGCAUGAUGAAUGCCACCAAGCCACUCCGCCUGCAGCUGCAGCAGAGGCUUCAGGGGCAGCAGUUCAUGAACCAGAGUCGUCAAGGGAUGGGUGUGAAGAUGGAUAGUCCUCCUGUGGGAGGCCCUGGACUUCGGCCUGGUGUACAGCCUGGCAUGCAACCUGGUAUGCAGCCUGGUGUGGGCAACCAGCCUGGCUUCCUGAAUGCACAGAUGGUGGCACAGAGGAACAGGGAGAUGAUGAACAUGCAGCUACGCAGGCAGAGGAUGAUGAUGCUUAUGCAGCAACAGCAGCAGCAGGCAGCUGCUGCAGGGGGUUUCAGUCCCCCACCCAACGUCACAGCACCCCCAGGCAUUGAGCACCCUAUGUCAGGCAGCCCCAUGGGCCAGCCAGGGCAGCAGCAGCAAGCCUUCCCUUAUGGGAGUAACUACGGGAUGAAUCAGCAGGGGGACCCCUCAUUUGCAAGCUCGGCAGGAAGCCCCCCUGGCAACAUGAUGCCUGGUCGCAUGGGUCCUGGCCAGAAUCCGAUGAUGCAGCAGCACCCACAGGGUGGUCCCAUGUACCAGUCAACUGAUGUGAAGGGCUGGCCGCAAGGGGGAUUGGUCCGAAACAGCUCCUAUACCCAGCAGGGGAACCCAUCACCCUACGGGGGCAUGAUGAUGAAUGGCUCUAUGCCUGUCAGCGGGGGUAAUGGCACACACAUGGGCCAAAUGCCAGGGCAGAUGGGCGUGAACCCUAUGGGCAUGGGGCGGAUGCCAAUGGGACCUGAACAGAAGUAUUGCUGAUCCUCCCUGGAGGACACCUCACUGUGAACACAGUUAAGGAUCCAGCUCUGUCUGGGUGCUUAAAGCUUGUGAGUGGGGCACUUGGUUCAGAUGUACUCUGCCCCCUGCCACUUGCUUGUCCCACUCCACAUCUUGAGCUUCUUCUAUGCUCUGUCUGCUGAGCAAAAUUUUCUGUAAAUGCGAGAGACCUUGUACACACAAACUUGGGGAAGGGGGGGGGGGGCACGGAUUGUUUAUUUGUCCUCAAGAUGUUUAUCAAGUUAUUUCUACCAGUUGCUCGUUCAUCUUCCCUCCCUGGAGGAAGAUCCCUGUGCGCGUUGUCAUCAGGCCCCAUGCAAACGGAACAAACAGGCUCCAUUUCACAUGUACAGAAGUGUAGCGGUCACGCAGUGUGUAGUCUUCACUGUGGGAAAACGUUCUUUGCUUUGGCUACCCAUGGGUCGCGGUACAACAAACAAAACAGUUAAUUUAGUAGCGAUUGCACUUUACAGAAAGGCUAAUAUUGAAAGGAUUGUUGCAAUAUUUCAUAGUCAUUAUAGCCUUACUCAAUUUUUUUUUUUAAAACAGGACUCAUUAAAACAAAUUGAAAGCAACUAAGCACAGAUAUUUGUUUAUGCAGUUUUUAGCAAUAAACUUUCCUUCUAUGCUUGUAGACUGAUACCGAAAAGGAACAUCAAUUCAAAGCAAAGGUACUGCAGUAUUAGAUGUGAUGUCAGAUUUGCUAUUUUUUCCAUGAAUAUGAAU